AUGUCCGAUCACAGCAUUACGACCCAUGCUACGGCGUCCGCGGGAACCGACGCUCUCCGCAACCCUGGUCCAAUGGUGCAGGCGAGUAGUAUGCGAGCUGGACUACUCAAUCGUGGACGGACACUCGGUGUUGGAUGCUGGAAUGUGCGACCGUCCCUGGACCCCGGUACCCAAAGUCUGACCGCACGCAGCCUUUAUCAGUACAACGUAGAUGUCUGCUGGCUGUCUGAAGUUCGACUCCUUGACUCAGGCUCCCGUGAAAUAAAGAUCACGGGAGUCGAAUCACAUUUUACCCUGUACCACAGCGGCCCGCGCGAUUCUUCUGGUCGACACGGUGUGGCGAUCGCCCUAUCGCAACAAGCGGACCUCGCGCUACGUGCUUGGGAACCAGUCAAUGGCCGGAUGGCCUACGUGCGACUGAAGGGCCACUUCAUGAAUAUCUCAAUCGUCUCUGUGUACGCAUCAACUUCGGCUGCCGAACAGUGCGAUACAGAGGUGUUUUACUCUCAGUUGCAAGCGCUAGUUGAAAGACUGCCUCGCCGCGAUCUGCUGAUUGUUGCUGGCGAUUGGAAUGGUCGAACUGGACCUGGCGACCCCACAACCAGUCAUCUUCUUGGUCGCUUUGGGCUUGGCUCCCGAUGCGAAAACGGUGAGAGAUUGUGAACUUCGCUGAUCAAAACCGACUGCUUGUCACCAACACAUGUUUCCAGCAUCGCAAAAAACAUCUGCUGACUUGGCAUUCAAAAGACGGUCAUACGGCCAGUCAGACUGACUACAUACUAGUCAGCCCAAGGUUCCACAGCUAGGUUCACGAUAGCAGAUCCAUGCGUGGUGCCAAGACUGGUAACGCCCAUGGGUCGGACCAUGUCAUCGUCCGAACACGCUUGAAAGUUCAUCUCUCAUCCGCGCCAAAAGUGCCGCGUCCUAGACGCCUCGAUGUCGUAAAAAUCCAGCAAGUCAGCACUGCCGAGGCCCUAAGCAGAGAAAUCCGAACCUGUUUUACGGCCCGCGCCGACGGAGAAGUCAGUAACCAGUGGUCAUCAAUGAAGACUUCAGUCUAUGGGGCAGCCGAGAAAAACCUUGGAUACACCCAGCGACGCCGCAGUGGCUGGAUCAGCGGAAGAACCCUGCAGCUGUCUGAUCAGACGGCUCGAGCCAGGUCCCGCAAAGAUGACUGCUUCCGCCAACUUCGGAAGAUGACGGCAAAAUCGGCCAGGGAUGACCGGAAGCAAUAUUGGGCUGAAAUAGCGACCUCCAUGGUACAGGCAUCGAACGUUAGUGACACUCGAGAACCCUACUAAUUUAUCCGCCAAGUUAAUGCUAAGCCCUCUACACUGAGUGACUCUGUUCGUGACGUGAACGGCGGCCUUAUUGCUGACAACUCGGCCAAAGUCGAGCGCUGGCGUGAGCACUUUGAGCACCAUCUCAACUUCGAUACCCAACUCACCUCGCCCUUGCUCUUCUCUUCAGCGGACUUUCUUCUCUCUCCUACCUAUGCAGUGCCAUGCGACCCCCCCCCCCCCUCUGAAGGAGAAGUCGCCGAUGCCAUACGGAAGUUGCGCAACAAUAAGGCAUCCGGUGAAGACCGUAUACCCGCUGAAAUCUUCAAGUCUUGUGUCGACACUCUGGGGCCCUGGCUCCAUGAGGUGAUUGAACGAGCGUGGAGAGACGAGGUUGUUCCUGAAGACUGGGGCUUAGGCAUCCUUGUACCUCAAGAAGGGAGAUAAGACGGGAUGCGAGAACUACCGCGGCAUAAGUCUCAUCGACGUUGCUGCGAAGAUCUUCGCUAUUGUCCUACUCAGGCGAUUCCGGGCUGUGCGUGACUCAAGGACGAGGCCCAACCAAGCCGGAUUCCCUGCUGGACGUGGAUGUGCGGACCAGGUAUUUUCACUGAGGGGCAUUCUUGAAUUUCGCCAUAGCUACCAACAACCGGCGGCCGUCUGCUUCAUUGACUUUGUCGCCGCGUUCGAUUCCGUUCAUCGUGAGGCCCUGUGGCGGAUAAUGGCGCUAGAUGGUGUACCGGCAAAAAUCAUCGCCAGGAUCAAGGCCUAUUAUCGCUCCACUACUGUGAGAGCCCUGGUCUGCAACAAUAUUUCGCAACCGUUAGGUAUUCGGUCUGGCAUCCGACAGGGUUGUAUUCUGUCGUCCAUACUGUUGAACUAUGCCACUGACUGGAUCCUCGGGAAGGCCCUACGCGUGAGUGACGGCGUCGAGUUUGCACCCGGACAUCGACUGACUGAUCUCGACUAUGCCGAUGAUAUCGAUUUACUUGCUUCAAGUUUUGGUGAUCUGCAGUCUAUGGUGUCACGAGUGAACAAGGUCGCUAAAUCGGUCGGUUUAUCCAUAAACGCUGGGAAGACCAAAGUAUUCUGA